AUGCCUGAUAGCCCAAGCAGAGGUCGCGAAGAGGCACGCGAUAACUACGGCGAUGACGCUGACGACGGAUACGACGACCGCAUAGAGAGAGUCGAAGAUACGGAGCAAACGGUGCGGAACAGGAUUGCGUAUUUGAAGGGUGAAUACACAUAUGAUCACGAACAAUGUGGCGAGCCUGAGCUCGAAGCAGGAUCUGGGAAUGAGCAAAACCAAGAGCCUGCGGUAGAGGAUUCGUCCGACAUGGAACUUGAUUCGGAUAAUGAUUAG